AUGACAGAGUCGUUGUUCCGACUCCUCUUGAUUCGGCCUCCUGUUGAACAGGAUCCCGAGGCCCCGAGCAUUGAGCUUGCACAAAAGUCGACAUUCCAGACCGAGCUUGCCAUAGCUCUUAGUGCAACCGAUGCUCGCGCCGAAACCCUCAAAGUUGCCCAAGCAUUCAUUGAAGGGAGCACUUUCAUCAAGAAUUUCGGUGCAAAUGAGCUUGUAAAGUCUCUCAAGAGGCUCGGCGUCCUGUUGGACGAGGCAAGCUUUGGAAAUGAUUUGCCUGCUGCAUCAGUUCUUCAGUUUACCGAGCAGGUCUUUGGGGUUCCUGCGGCGGAGGUCAUCGAGAAGCCCGAGUUCGUGACCCUCUUGACAGACCUGAGAGAUGUCAUUGUCGCUGGUUCUCACUCCCUUCCGUUGGAAGAAUACGUCAAUCUUCUCCGUGACGCGAUCCUAAUCCAAGACGCGGUUGCCAAAUCGGAGCAGAGCAGUGCCCUUGAAAAGAAAGUGAUUACGCCCGAUACUGAAGUGUCUGCUCUAGCAGUGGUCCUGGCUGUUCCCGAAUGGCAAACGCAGACCGUGUACAAGGUGGGAGAUCAAACAACAUGGAACGGUAUCACCUAUGUCUGUAUCCAGGCCCACACUUCGGUUGUAGGCUGGGAGCCUCCGCGGACUCCAGCUCUCUGGGUCCGGGCGACAAUCGAGGAUCCUCCUGAUCCGACCCCAUCCGGACCCACCAAUGUCUUCAAUCUGAGGAAGCGCUCGCUCCUGCUGCCAAACGAAAAGUCACUCACCUCAAUCAUUGCGGCUCCACCGGAUGAGGGCACGCCCGAUGGUGAUAAUGAAAAGGAGGUGGAAAGCCUCAUCAAGCGUCACGGCCAAAUCAAAUCCGCAAUCACUGAGCUCACCAGCAUUGACACGGCCCAUAUCAAAACGAGCGUGCAAGAGAAGGGAGACGCAGUGGAUGUUCCCAGCAAUCUGUCCAUCUUGAAAUCAUUGUCAGCGCAAGUCCAGUACGCUACCGACUUGCGGGCCGUCAAUAUUGAUCAGUUCCGUGCAGCAGCGGCGAGGUCUGGUACCAACCCCACGAACCCGUCCAUACUCGCGUCGGCCACGGCUACGGAUGGUGCAGAACCCGGCAGGGAUCCGCUAGCACUGUUGGACACUGCCGGUACGGCUUCUGCCGUGGGGUUGGUGCAACAGAUCGCCAGUAUCGCUCCUGCGCUCACAGGAGUCACUUCUUUUGAGCCAAGCAACACGAUUGAUUCGGCUCCAACUCUGACGGACUCAGCACCUCUUUCCACUGUUACCCAGGGUGUCCUGACAUCAUUCGACAUUAAACCGUCCACAGUAGGGUUGCCCGACGUGGUUAAAACGCUACGCUCUGGCCUUUCUAAAGUGGAAGGCGACCUGGCAGCACUUGUGCCCUCGUUUGAGACCACAAAGGUCACCUUCAUUGCUGGAAAGGCAGUCGUUUCCAAGGAGCCGGUGCCAAGCAGCUACAGCAAAUUUGCUACUGGCAUAGAUUUCAGAAAUAUAGCCCCCAGGGCCCCUCAAGUACCAAUCCGUGGACUCGACACAAGCGACACCCGCAUUCCCAAGACCAGAGGCAAGAUUAGCAGCGUUGGUGUGGGAGACCUCAUAAUCGUUAAGCAGCAGCUCAUCGGCUACGAGGGUGCUGAUAUCGCCCACAUUGAGAAUGUACUCAAGGGGGAGUCCAAGAAGCGAGAGCACACAUCCACCACGCGGAGUGAGACUGUCGUGACUACGGAAGAAGAAACGACUACCGAAGACUCGCGGGAUUUGUCGUCUACUUCGCGCUUUGAAAUGUCGCAAGAGACCUCAUCUACCAUCAAAGAGCAAUUCGACGUUAAGGGCAGUGUUCAAGUCACUGCCAAAUACGGACCCGCUGUCGAAUUCACGGCCAAGGCAGAGGGUGGAUAUUCAAGGUCCAAGGAGUCUGCUACGAAGUCGGCGUCCAAGUUCUCCCAAGACGUGACCGAGAAGGCAUCGAAGAAAGUUACCGAGCGAGUUCUGAAGAAGCAGACUGUCACCAACUCGUCCGAGGUGGUUGAGAUCAACAGCCAUGGAAUUGAAAACAGCACCGGGUCGGUCAAUGUCAGUGGCGUGUAUCAGUGGGUCAAUAAAAUCUACGAGGCUCAAAUGUUCAACUAUGGUCUCCGUGCCCUCUUCGAUUUCAUGAUUCCGGAACCAGGAGCCUUUACUAUCGAUACCAUGGUCAAGGCCGCAGAUUCAGCCGCCGCCUUAACGAAGCCCACCCCGUUUCCGCUCGGCCCGAGCCAAAUCCUUGAAUCGACCUACGAAUACUGGGUGAAGAGCUACCAGGCAACGGACGUCAAACCCCCACCGCCGGACUACGUAACAGUGUCGGACACGUUUAGCGCGAGCGACUUGGGGGAGAAAAACAGCGCCAACCACACCGGAACUAUCGCCCUGGAUAAGGGCUACGAAGCUGUCCACGCUAGGAUUGGCGAAUCGGGAAGCUUCUGGACCGACGGCCAUUCUGUCACCGUCAUUGUCGGCAACGCAACGUCGAGAACUGACACCGCUGGUGUGAGGACGGUUACGCUAGCACGCCAGAGAGGUUCCAUUCCGUGGGCUGUCCACACUUUCCGGAUGUCUUCCACGACGGUUACAGUCGAGAUUACUGCUUCUAUCACAGAGGACGCUUUCAAGGAAUGGCAGGCGGAUACGCACGCGAAGCUUACGCAGGCUUAUCGGGCCCGACUUCAAGAGUAUGAAGAGAAGCUUGCUACCCUUGAACUUCAAGCAGGCAUUACGAUUCAGGGAAGGAAUCCCGCCAGCAACGCAAUCACAGUGAAGCAGGAGUUGAAGAAGAAUUGCAUCUCCAUAAUCACCGGGCAGCACUACGAUGCCUUCGAUUCUAUUUCUACUUCGCAGUACGGACCGUUCAUCAAUCUUGAUGAGGCCGAAGCUGAAGGAGAAUACGUGAGAUUCUUCGAGCAGGCCUUUGAGUGGGAGAAUUUGAUGUACGUGUUGUAUCCCUAUUUCUGGGGCCGAAAGGGAAAGUGGGCGGAGAAGCUGGCGAUCGAGGACAGCGAUCCCGAGUUUGAAGAAUUCCUCAAAGCUGGAUUCUGCAGGGUUCAAGUUCCUGCUCGACCGGGCUUUGAGGCCGCUAUCGAUCACUUCAUGCAAUUCGGUGAAUUGUGGAACGGCGGCCCGUUACCUGCAAUCUCAAGCCCGCUCUUCCUCCCGAUUGCGGAUGAAAUCGCCGAACGUGCCCAGAAGCCGGGCGAUGAGAUUCCACAGGGAGAUCCUUGGAAGGUCAGGGUUCCCACUUCGUUAGUCAAGUUGCGCCAGGAUGACAAGUUGCCUAAGUGGAAGAAGGUGGACGGGGAAUGGGUGCCGGAUGAGGCUUGA